AUGGACAGGGUACUGUUUACUGUGGAGGAAGAGAGUGCGGAGGCGGAGCUGGACGUGGAGCGUACGCCGCGCGGGCUGGCGCGUCGUCGCAUCUUCGUGCAGACGCUCGAUGGGCAGCGGGUGCCGGUCGAGGUGGACGGCCACGAGGCCGUGGAGGACAUUCCCAUGAAGGUCUUCGAGAAGGAGCCCUUUCUCCAGCGCUUCGCCGGAGGGACUGAGGGCGUGGUCCAGGGUCCCAGGGCCGGCCCGAAACUGGUCGACCCUCGCACCGGCCACACGCUCGAGCGCGACCACCAGGUGACCGCGUAUGGCCUCGAGCAGGACACCACCCUCAACCUCGUGCUCCAGCGGUACCCUACCUACGCCGAUUGGCUCCAGUACAAGACCAAGCUGCCUCGCUUCGUCUUCGUGUUCCUGGCUGCGCUCGUUGGCUCGAUGGUGCUGGCUGCGUGUGCGCAGGUGUCCUUCCUGCCGCCCUGGUCCGAUGAAGUGCCGGUCACCGGCCAGACCUUUGGUGUGCUCUUCACCGCAGUGCUCCUCGGCAAGACCAUCGGCGUGCUGGCCACGGUUCUGUACCUGGUUGAGGGAGUAGCGCUGGGCCUGCCCUUCUUCUCGUCGAGCGCCCACGGCUGGGCCUCUCUGCUGGGUCCGACCGGAGGCUACCUCGAGGGCUUCAUUCUGGCCGCUUGGGUCGUGGGCUAUCUGGUGGAGAACCACGGGUGGGAUAGGCGCCUGAUCACGGCCUGCCUGGCCAUGAUCAUUGGAGAUCUGUCGAUCUAUGUGGUGGGCAUCCCUUGGCUGGCACACUUUAUCGGCUGGUCCGACGGUAUCUGGGAAAGCGGAUUCUACCCCUUCCUUGCUGGCGACGCGUUCAAGAUCCUUCUCGCCACCCUGCUGCUGCCCAUCGGUUGGGCUCUGCGGGCCUACCGCUACAACAGGACCCACUCGAGCGCGUUGCCCAUCCACUUCAGGAGCGUGGGGACCUUCUUCAGGGAGCAGUUCACCAUACCCGAGGUCGGGGUAGCACUGGCACGCGUGCAGGACAAGGUCAGGGCCUGGAGGGCUUAG